UAUAUUGUGAGGUGAAUUGAUCGUUUGUUGGUUAUAAGACAAAAAUAAGAUAUGUGAUAUGGCAAUGAGAAUUUGAUCACUCAAUAGAAGAAAAGCAAAACUCCACCGAUCAUUUGAUAACCCAAAAUUCACUCUUUUCUCAGCUUUCAUUUCCCUAAAUCUCUGGAUACGCAAUCCAACGAAAACAUGACCCUUUACCAUCAUAAACAACCUUACAUUUCAUCUUCUUGAAAUCAUUUUUUGAUUUUUAGUUCCAUUUCAAUUCAUAUUAACCAUUCUUUUUCACCAUUUUCCUAUGUUGCAGAUAUUGUUUAUUCCUGAUACUACCACCUUGAAUUACUGGUUGAACUGGAGGGUUUUGUUAUGUGCAAUCUGGGUAUUGACUCCUGUGAUUGUAGCUUUAUUCAUUCUUUGGAAAUAUGAAGGCUUGGAUAAUUUCAGAUUUUGCAGAGGGAAAACUCAGCAAGAAAUUGCAGACCAUUGUUUGCAUGAACAAAGAACUUGGAGACCAUGUCUUGAUCAAAUUCAUCCCAUUUGGUUGUUGGUGUAUCGAGUCGUCGCUUUCUCUGUGCUUUUUGCUUCCCUCGUUAGUAAAGCUUCGGUUAAUGGAUUCCUCGUCAUGUUUUUCUUCUAUACUCAGUGGACUUUUAUUUCUGUCACCUUUUAUUUUGGAUUUGGAAUAGUGCUCUCCGUCUGGGGCUGUUACCAGUAUCAUAAAAGGAGCAGGAGUCGUUCUGUGGAUGAUACCGAGCAAGGUUAUCGCGAGCCUCUAUUACAUGAGGAAAGCACAAAUAUGACAGAGGAGAGAAAAUUGACAAAUUCUCAAAGGGAGAUUUCUGUUUCCCGAGCAGCAAGUAUCUCAAGUUAUCUAUUUCAGAUUCUGUUCCAGAUGAAUGCCGGGGCAGUAAUGCUCACAGAUUGUGUAUAUUGGGCCAUUAUUUUUCCAUCUCUUACCAUCAAAGAUUACAAUAUGAAUUUUAUGACUGUGAAUAUGCAUACGCUCAAUGUCGUUGUACUCCUCGGUGACACAGCUUUGAACUGCUUGCCGUUUCCUUGGUUUCGGAUUUCUUACUUCAUUCUAUGGACGGGUGCUUUCGUCAUUUUCCAAUGGAUUCUUCAUGCUUGUAAACCAAUUUGGUGGCCAUAUCCGUUUCUCGACUUGUCAUCACCAUAUGCUCCACUAUGGUACUUGCUGGUUGGAUUGAUGCAUUUGCCAUGCUACGGUUUCUUUGUGUUAAUUGUCAGAAUGAAACACGACCUCUUGUCGAAAUGGUUCCCUCAAUCUUAUCGAUGCCUAAAAUGAACAAUAAUUCGAUAUUUCCUUAACGAGACUCAUCAAAAUUAUACUCAAGUGAUCCUGGCUGUGGAUAUGAUACUGAAAUCGGCUAUGCGAUGCUUUCAUUGUUCUGAUCUGUUUACCAUCCAAUGAUGUUCUAUGAAGAAGCUAACAUUGUACAGUAGAAGAAAAUAUAAAAUGAUAGGUUUGACAGGAUUCAAGAAUUUUUUUAUAGGAAGUCAUGUACAUUAUAAAAUGGGUUAAUUCUAUAAAAAUCACGAACUUUAUACGAA